AAAGCAUAACUAAUAAGAACGUGCCACGUCAUAAAGGAAGGACUCGAGUGUCAAUUCGUGAAAAGUUUCGACCAGCUUGGGAAUUUCAUCACAGCGUUAAAACGGUCGCGUUCAAAGAACUAGUGAGAGGGAAGAGGGAAUGCUAUGAAUCUCUCUUAUCUUACUCGCUUCCCCGAGCGUCUCGUUGCUCCUCUUUAUGCCACACUUCCCACUACAGCUACUACUAGUGGAAAUAGGCCUGAGAAUUUUGCGAUUGAAGGGCGUAAUUUGAAAUUCUCAUUCACGACGAGGCAAACACAGGAUGUACCGGUUCUUAAGGAUUGUUCGAUUCGCAUUCCUUGCGGGCAGUUUUGGAUGCUUCUUGGACCCAAUGGGUGUGGAAAAUCUACCCUCUUGAAGAUUUUGGCUGGUCUCUUGACUCCAACUUCAGGAACAGUGUACGUGAAUGGGCCUAAAAGUUUUGUUUUCCAAAAUCCAGAUCAUCAGGUGGUAAUGCCUACGGUAGAUUCUGAUGUUGCAUUUGGUCUUGGUAAGAUCAAUUUGGCUCACGAUGAAGUCAGAUCUAGGGUGUCAAGAGCUUUGCAUGCUGUAGGCCUGUCUGACUACAUGAAGAGAUCUGUCCAAACUCUGAGUGGUGGUCAGAAGCAGAGGGUUGCCAUUGCUGGUGCUCUUGCUGAAGCUUGUAAAGUUCUGUUGUUGGAUGAGCUCACAACAUUCUUAGAUGAAGCUGACCAGGUUGGGGUCAUCAAAGCUGUUAGGAACUCAGUGGAUACCUCUGCAGAAGUUACAGCAUUAUGGGUCACCCAUCGCUUGGAAGAACUGGAGUAUGCAGAUGGUGCCAUCUACAUGGAGGAUGGGAAAGUAGUCAUGCAUGGAGAUGCCGCUAGCAUUAGGAGUUUCAUUGAAGCCAGGCAAUCUGCCUAUAUAACCCAGAUUAAUUCUUAAACAAGUCUUUGUUUCUGAGGAUAUAUACUACUCUUUGUUUAAGAGUAGUAAACUUUUGAGCAAACUAUAUUCAUCUUGUAAAUUAAUUAUAAAAGGUUGUUUUCUGAAUUUGGAUUUGCUGUAAUUGGGAACCCACAUUCGAUCUUCAUGGCUAAAAUAUCAAUCUGCAGUCGGUGAAUUUAGAUUUAAUUUAAGACACGAUACUCCGUGGACGAAAAUUGAACAGGACACGAUGAGUCUCAAUUGCAGCAUAUCUGAAUUCGUGUUUUUUUUAUUCCCA